AUGGCUUCUUCUUCUUCUUCUCUUUCUUCCGCAAUCUUUCCUCAACAAAGGCAUGAGAUUCAAGAAAAAUAUGAUGUGUUUCUUAGUUUUAGAGGUGAAGACACCCGCAAUCAAUUUGUAAGCCAUCUUUAUGCUGCUUUAUCUGCAAAGCAUAUUUCAACUUUCAUGGAUGAUCAUGAACUUCAGAUCGGUGAUGAAAUUUCACCCACACUUAGCAAAGCAAUCCAUGAUUCCAAAAUCUGGAUUAUCAUUUUCUCAGAAAAUUAUGCUUCAUCUACGUGGUGUUUGAAUGAACUGGUGGAAAUUCUUGAAUGCAAGAAAAGAAAUGAGCAGAGUGUUGUCAUUCCAAUCUUUUAUGGUAUAGAUCCAUCGGAUGUACGAAAACAGGAGGGAAGUUGUAAAGUUGCAUUUGCUGAACUUGAAGAACGUUUUAAAGACGGAAUGGAGAAGAUGCAUCAGUGGAGGGCUGCAUUGACAGAAGCGUCUAAUCUAUGUGGAUUGGAUUCAAAGAGUUUCAGGCCUGAGAGUGAGUUAGUUCAAAGAACUGUUGGAGAUGUUUUGAAAAAAUUGCCUCAAUAUCUAUCAUCAGAUGAACAAUAUUUCAAGGGACUCAUUGGAAUUAAAGAAAACAUAAAGGAAAUUGAAUCACUAUUAUCCAUUGGCUCAAAAGAUAUUCGACUUAUAGAGAAGAACAUGAAAGACAUGGAUUAG